AUGGCCAUCUCAUCUUCCUCCACUUUCACGCCUACGGCACUUCGAAGAUGGGGCUGUCAAGACAAGCCGCUUCCAAAUGUUGAGCAGAUCAAGGAACUCCACAUCUACGACUUUGACAAUACACUAUUCAAUUCACCAUUGCCCAACAAGCAAUUAUGGCACAACAACGCCCUCGGCUCACUGCAGGCACCAAGUUUCAUGACUGUCGGCGGAUGGUGGCACAACCCACGGAUAUUGGCUGCGGUUGGAGAGGGCGAGGAGAUUGAAGAGCCAAGAGCAUGGAAGGGUUGUUGGAAUGAGCACAUCGUAGAGCUGGUACGGCUGUCCAUGCAGGAUGAGUCGACGCUCACAGUUCUCCUCACUGGACGAUCCGAGCACGGAUUCUUGGAUCUUCUCGCAAGAAUCACCAAGUCGCACGGUCUAGAAUUCGACAUGCUCUGUCUCAAACCCAGAUCGGGCCCGGACGGAGAGGCGUUCGACGAUACUAUGGAGUACAAGCAGGCGCUGCUCAAGCAGAUCGUUUUCACAUAUACCAAAGCUACAGAGCUACGGAUAUACGAAGACCGUCCGAAGCAUGUACAGGCGUUUCAAAAUUUCUUCGAUGACCUGAAUAGAAUCUUGGGGGAUAAGACCACCCCGGAGUCUGCACUACGCCCGCCGUUUACUGCCGCUGUCGUCCAUGUAAACGAAGAAGACUGCCACAUUUCGCCAGAAAUCGAAGUUGCUGAGGUCCAACGCAUGAUCAACGCGAACAACACCGCCGUCCGAGAUGGCACUGCACCCUCAGGUACCGUUCCUCACAAAAUCACCCGGUCCAUUCUCUAUACUGGCUACCUCAUCCGACCGACCGACUCCGCGCGCCUCCUUUCUCUCCUCACGCUUCCAAAGGACUGUGAUCCAAACGACAUCAGAAACCUCGCGAACAACAUCCUCAUCGCACCUCGACCGGCGGCGCCCCACAUUCUCAAAAGAGUCGGCGGUAUUGGCGCACAGCAGCGCUGGCGCGUGACAGGUUAUGCACACAUGUCGAACAGGGUAUGGGCCGCAAGGGUAGAACCACGGCCACCGAACAGUGUUGUCUACACCGAGAAUAGAACGCCAUAUGUCGUGCUGGCGACACGCAAACAGAGCAAACCCAUCGAAGCGAACAUGAUCCGGAAUUGGCAGCCCGUGAGCGCCGAGCAGGCGAUUGAAUUUGAGACUGUCGUGGGGGAGAAAAUUCUAUUGAAAAUCGAAGAGGAGGAGAAUCUCGAUCACAUCAACAACGACAAAUCGAGAGACCAUCAUACAGGCCAGGCCAAUGCGAGAAAAGAUGGUAAAUCGUGGGGCAAUCGUGGCGGUCGAGGAGGUUCAAACAACAACAACUCUCGCGGCGGUCGUCGAGGUGGUGGGCAUGAUGGUCGAGGCGGAGGGCGCGGUGGAGGCGGGUCUCGGCGUGGUGCCUACCGUAGCCUAGACGACACCGUUGCACACGGAGGUUAUGGCUCGGGCGCUGGUGGGAUGGGAGGUGGUGUUGGCACUGACGCGAUGCAGUAUUAG